AGCUACAAAUGUCCGGGCUGGGUCUGUAGGUACAUUGCUUCAUGGAAGCGUUUCAAGUUCAACUUCAAGUCUCAAGGACAGGUUUUAAUAAUAGAUCUCAAACAAGAGCGUGAUGGGUGCCGGAUUGCAAGUGUGCACGAUGCAUGAAUGGUGGUAUUUGCGUUUCUUAUUGGACGAAGGGCCUAGGGGUGCGGCUCACAUUGACAGCUGUCAUCCGAGUCUUCAAGUUCAAGAUUGAUGGGAUCUCGCAUUGACCUUGUGCGAACGGAAGGGCGGUGGAGCUGGCGAUACGAUUCGUCGCUGGGGUGCUCCCUCUAAUAAUGUUCGCAUUCUUGCUUCUUUCAAAUAAGCAGCCAGGGCUUCGACAGCUGGCGGACGGGGGUGAUGCUCCAAGUCCUAAGGGUUUGAGCCAUGGGCUUCGAGUGGGUUGAUACAGCUGCGAGCUGGGGUGAAAGCGAGACCACAGCUCAUUAGAACAACGCACGCAAGGACGUGUUACGAUGUCCUUAGUGCUGCAGCAGACCCUCCGGGGUUUGUGCCACAACACGCCGUGGUCAUACGCCGUGUUUUGGAAGCUGAAAGAGCGGGCCAGGAUCGUCCUGACUUGGGAGGAUGGCUUCUACGAUUACGCCAAGCGCAACCAGGCGCCGGCGGGUGAGGGCGACGAAGUUGACACGGAACUUUUGGGCCUGGCGGUUGCAAAGAUGUCGUACCACGUGUAUUCAUAUGGGGAGGGCAUCAUUGGCAAGAUUGCGUUCAGCGGAAAGCACCAAUGGGUUUUCAUGGGCGCUAGUGUCAACACCGACGAGAAGCACCCAGUGGGCUGGGAGAAUCAGUUCAUGGCCGGGGUCAAGACAAUCGCAGUCAUUGCUGUGCCCCAGGGGGUUGUCCAGCUGGGCUCAACUAGAGUGGUCCAAGAAGACCUGGCUCUCGUUAACCACGUGCGGGGUUUGUUCACAACCCUCCGCUCCAUCCCGGGGGCCUUCCUCUCCGACCUCAUGGCGGAAGGCCCUGCUGGCGCCCAGUUCAACCUGGCCGCGUUCCAAACCCCCCAGUGGGCGCCGCCGCCACGGCCCCAAACAAGGCCUCCCCAGCCCACUCUCAGCCAAAACCCCAUUCAGGAGGGCCCUGUAGCCGCGACCGUCGUACCAAACCCCAGCCAUUAUUUCGCCAGACCGCCGCCAGCAGGGCCCCUCCCUGCACAGUCGCCCAGGGGGGGUCCGGGGGGCAGGCCGCCGUACCCCCCCAUCGCGCCGCGGGGGGCGUGGAUGCAGCCGAACCAACAGAUGGGGGCUGGGUUCUACACCCAGGUUACGCCGCAGCUAGUUGCGGAGGGAUCCCCCUACGGAGUGCCGCACCCGUAUGGGGUGCCCAUUUCUGCGCCGGUGUACAGCAACCCCCCCACUCCGACAGAGGGGGGCGGAAGUCAGGGGGGUUUCAGCAUGGGGGGGAUGGCGAGGAGUCAGCGGAAGGGGCGGAGACGUGGGGGGGAAACGGCGUCGUCGGGGGGCAGCCGGGGGGUGCCGGAGCAAACGGUCUCCGAAGCACGCAGCAGUGACAGCACGCAACCCCGGAUGCAGCGCCAGCUGUCAACCGGCAGAAAGGAGCCUAGCCUCGGGGGGGGUUACGAAUUGCGGGGUUCUGAGGUCGAGGGGGUUAGCUUGACCCCCCCCAGUUUGUCAGACUCGCAGCUCGAGUUUGCUAGGCGGCUAAGCCCCCCUGGGGAGAUGCCGACGAAUUCGGGGCUCAUGUGGGGACUGCUGGUGCAAUCCCGUCCGAGCACCUCUUAUCUCCGCCACUCUGUGGGGUCUCUUCCAGACCGUUACCAGACGCUUUUGAUGGGGCCCCAUCAUAUGGGAGGGCAGCCGUCGCCUCCGCCUGGCAGGUUAAGCUUGUUAGCACCUAACCCGAUUCAGGUGCAGCAAGCGCGUGUUGAGUUGCCCCCGCAGGCGAUUCUCGAAAAGGGGGGGUACUUCCGAACGCACCUGAGCAAGGGCCACGUGUCGGAGAAGGAGGCGAGUCCCAGGGGUGACACCGGUUGCUCGACGGUGUCAAACGCGCAGCCUGACGUGCACAGGCCGCCGCUUGACACUCGGUCGGAGGGCGGGUCCACGGUUGGCGAAUCUGACUUUCCCGCUCUUGGGAAGCUCCCGGAACCGGGUCACGUGCAGUCGAACUUUUCGGGGGGGUCGAGCUCACUCAGCACGCAGGUCUCGGCGCCCGCCCCCGAGCUGGGGAAACGGCUGCCGGCGCUGCCUAACCUGCGGGUUAGCACCGGGUUUACCAAGAUGCUGAGCGAAGGGCAGAAACCGACGCUAGAGAGUGUGGAAGCGUACAGAAUGCAGCAGCAAGCGCAAUUGGAAAGCUUGGAGAAAGCGGGGCUGAAGGGAACGGAAGUGUAUAACAUGUGGGAGGAAAUCAUGAAGGAGAACUACCGGGUCGGCCUUGCGCUGGCCGGCUUCAAUGGGGAACAGGAUGCGCCGGUAACGGCCCCGCUUUCCGUCCAGCCCUCCCCCGCAUUCCCCCCCUCCAGCUUGUCAAACUUCGACAACACUCCGGCCACGAUUCCUCUUCUGGGGCGUCAGAGGUCUGGUGCCCUCCAAGGGAUCCCUUCGGGGGGGCCGAUGCAGGCCGUUUCCGAGACCCCUCUUAUCAGUUGCGGCGCCACCGAACAGAUCCAAAACAUGCACCUCAGUUCGGGGUCGCGCUCUCCGGACCCGCUAGAGGUCAAGUCCGACCGGACGGAUCAACCCGAGCCGCGAAUCCCGGAAGGGGUUCCCGCCGGGCGCGUCUCCCGCACGUCGGUGAGGGGCGGGGGUCUGCCCCGCGGGGGCCCCCUAACCGGAGCGGAAACGGUGCUCGAGUUGGCCGCUAUGUACAGCCACAGUCCAUUCCUCGCUGCUGUCAACACCGUGGCAAAUGACGAACUAGGUGCGGACGGGAUUUUCCGCGGGGCGACGAACGUCGGGCUGUCGCGCAUGAUGCCCACCCCUGGGCUGUCCCCCACUCCCACCGACCUUGAUCUGCCGGCGUCGGAAACGCCGAGCCCGACGGUCGACCCGCCGCCGGGCCCAUCAGAGGCGUUCAAGCCACGGAGCAGCCCCCCAGUCCCGCUCUUCUUCGCGAACGCGCGCACGCCCUCCCCGUUCGCGGGCGGCCGCCCGGGCGUCCCGCUGUUCAACAACGAGACGAUUGCGUCACUGCCCACGUCAUCCGUCUGGGCGAUCGCGCUGAAAGGCAGCGGGGAGGCCGCCGCUCGCCGGCGGGCGGGGCUGGCCCCCCCCUCGGAACCGUCGAUGAGUCACCAGGGGAGCGCGGCAACGCAGCCGAUGUCGUAUUCCAUGCAAGCGUGUGCAAGCUCGGACGUCCAGGCGAAUUUCCCCUCGACGCCGUCCGCGGUCCGGGUGACGUCAGCGCUCGACGUCACCCCCCCGAAUGAGGCCGAGAGUCCCCGGAGCAGGUCGCCGGAGCCCGGGGAGAUGACGGUGAUGUCAGCGGGGGCAGCGCUGGAGUCCCGCGGGGGGGGCGCGGAUUUCGCGGACAGUCCGGGGUCGCGCCUUGAGCACGCAAUCUCCGCCCCUGCGGGGUGGGAGACGCCGAGCGUGAGUGACGUCAGCAAGCGGACGGUGUCGAAGCGGAAGGGCGACGAGUUUGACGAUCGGGCGGAAGCGUCCGAUGCGACUGGGGAGGGGGGGGGCGAGUCGGAACGGGGCGGCGCGCGGGGGCGCAAAAAGGGCAGGUUGCGCGCGCCCCCGGAUACGUUCUCGCCGCACGAGCUGACGUCGACGGGACGGCCGCGACCCAAGGACCGGCAGCAGAUCCAGAAGCGGUUAGCGGAACUUCGGGGGUUAGUGCCGAACACGGGGAAGUUGCCGAUCGACGGCUUGCUCGAACGGACGAUAAAGCACCUGGAGUUCUUGCGGAGCGUCAAAAGCGAGAAGCCGGUUAAGAAGGAGCUGUCCUUACCACCCCUCCUCCCCCUGCUGAAAUUCGACGAGCCUCAAUCCGCUUCAGAGAUUCUCCCCGGGUUGACUGCUAACCCACGGAAACGGCCGGCCCUCCGUGGGUCGUCCUCGCUGCAAAACCCGGAGGUUAACGCGAAGCUUCGCCCCGAGAGGCCGGCCUUUUCGGAGGCCAGCGUGCUUAACCCGCCAAGCCUCAAACCCUCAAACUCAACCCUUAACCUACUCAAUAACCCGCCUCAGUCCCCGGAGUUGAACCUAAGUCUCCUGGCGAACCCCCAUCUAUUCUCGAGCCUUCAGCACAGUCUAGGAGAACCUUUGCGGACUGAGGGGCCGGUGGACACGUGGACACGACAAAACGCGCCAGGUGGCGGCCCGGGGUUGGGUCGCAAGAGCAGCGUUGAGCAGUUGUUGAGUUCGUUGCAUUCGGAGCCGGUUAUUGUGGAGGUUCUAAAGGAUCCGCGGCAAUUGCGAAUUGAGGUCCUUUGUAAAGACGAGAGCUUCUACGCCGAGUUGUCCGGCUUCCUGCACGGGUUAGGCCUGCAGGUUAAGCGCUCGGUUCUGCAAACCGUCGCAAACGGGCAGCAGUGGGCCCGGUUCGUGGUGGAGACCGUUAAACCCAUGGACCGCCUCGAGGUUUCCGUGCCGCUGCGGCGGUUUAUCGAAUUGAAAACGGGCGGUUUUGAGGGGCACCUAGAGUCAAGAGCGGGCGAGGCUGGGGGUAGCGGCACCCAGCUGAGCUUGCUCCCCCCGCUAGACUUGGACUUUGGGGCUCACUUCCCCUCGUCCCACUGGCAGGGUUUGGAGGGCGUUUUAGAGCACGACUUGAACAUGUACCUGGACGAUCCGUACUAGCAGUGCAUAGGGAGGUGCGCAGAGAAAGAGAGGUGAUGUGUAGAGCGCGGUCGCCGCACAGAGGUGUUAGGGCGUUGGGGUAAGCUAAAACCCGUGGAGUUGGACAGAAUAACCAUAGUGUGUUGAGUCGUAAGACGCGGCUGCUCUUGCUAAGGUCGACAGGCAGAAGAGGUGCAGGCAAAGUGAUUAGCCUAGGAGUGAUUGUGUUGCAUGGGAGAUUGAAUAUGAUUUGAAGCUCGUCGAAGGAGACUAGACUCCAAUACUUAGUUUCUAAGUUUGCAUUUGGACGUUAUAGGGUUCAGGGCUGAGCAUAAGAUCCAAGGCGGCGGUGUUUGCAUCCAGGUUACCAAGGGUCACCCGUACAUAACGGAGACAAUAGUCGGUUUAGGUCGAGUACCCAGCUAAAAAAAGUUGACUCUCUUUAAAGGUGGAGGCGACGUGAACUUCCAAGUGUGUUGAGGCCGAUCUGAAGUAGCGUAUAUCAAGCUUGAACAUGCUUAGAAGUCAGGCCGCCACUGCUACUUCGUGGCUCGAGCAUUUGAGCUCUUCAGGCCUCAUGCCAGCUGAAAUCAAUGAAUGUGACGCG